AUGAUACCGGAAAAAGAUGCGUGGGGAGUAAUUCUACUCUCAAACAUCGAUAUCAGCGGAGAAUUGGUCCAAGAAAUGGCUUGCUCUACCACUAUUAGCCGUCGCCCUUAUUCACACUCCCCCAAACAUGUGCAAUGGGACGGGAAAUCAUUGUUCAUCAAAGGCCAGCGUAUCUUCUUGUGGAGUGGCGAGUUUCACACGUUCAGGCUGCCUGCACCUGAACUAUGGGGAGACAUUCUAGAGAAAACCAAAGCCGCUGGGUUCAAUGCCAUCUCGGUGUAUGUUCAUUGGGGCCUUGUUAACCCAGCACCGGGAGAGCUCGAUUUUGACGGGCCUGGGCCGUACAUCAACGCCGAGGUCUCUGGUGGAGGAAUCCCCCAUUGGGCAACUUCUGAAAUCUCAGGACACCUUCGAACCAAUAGUACCGACUAUACGCGCGCUUGGGAACCUUAUGUUGAUGCCAUUGCGGAUAUCUUGGUCAAAGGGAACUGGCAAAUCGGGGACAAGACGGGUGGUCCUGUCAUUGCUGUCCAGCUCGAGAAUGAGUAUUUAGCAACCCAUUCUCCAGGUCACAAGUACAAGACACCUUAUAUGGCCGCACUAGCUAAACGCUUUGUCGACAAAGGAGUAGUCGUCCCUCUGACUUACAACGAUGCUUAUAUGGGAGGCAACUAUGCGACUGGUGAAAUUGACCAAUGUGAAGAGGGAAGCAAGGAGGGAGGAGAAGGCGGCUCGCACGGAAGGGGCGCUGCGGCGUGGAGUUAUACGGACGUUUUGACUGCUCCAAUCCCGACACUUGGAACCCGGUUGUUACGACUUAUCACGAUUUCAUAUGAAAACCAAUCCUCACGAGCCUCUGUAUAUACCUGGUACGAGUUUCAAGGAGGAUCAUUUGAUGCGUGGGGCGGGGGUGUAAACAUGGUUGGGCAGGCGCAGUACGGUCUUUAUUAUGGGAGAGAUUGGACUAAACUUAUGCUAAAAUAUGCUUUGAUUCAGGGCUACGAAGCUUGUCGACAACUUACGGGCCCCGAGUUUUCUCAAGUUUUCAACCUUGGUCUAUGGGCAAAUAAUGCUAAAAUGGUAAACUUGUACAUGCUCUAUGGAGGUACAACAUGGGGUUACAUGACCUUCCCGGAGUUUACACAUCGUGAAUAUGACUACGGCGCUGCCAUUACCGAAACGAGACGCUUGACCAGCAAGUAUGCAGAGCUUAAACGACAAGGACUCUUCCUCCGUAGCGUGCCGGAGUUUUAUGCCACUGAUGUUAUUGGAAACAGUACCGAUUCGGACGAUCAUCCCACAGUGGUCAUUGAUAACCAGAAGUCUUUGGAACUUUACUACGCAAUAAGGAUACUGGUGCUGAAUUUUAUAUCAUUCGACACAUGGACUCGACAUCUCGAGACACCGCCGAUUUCAGACUCGCUUUGCCUUCGCCUCUACAUUCUUCAAUGCUACGCGAUCUAUCCCACUCACCAUUCCUUCGAUCACACUAUCUGGGCGGCUUCCAAAGUACUACUCCGAAACGUCUUGUACGGCUCGUCUCGACUUGCUUGGAGCACCGCUAGCAUACUAUAUGCGGUAAAAUGGGAAGCCGAGAUGUUCUUUCUUGCACGGACCUUCUCGGCAAAGUCGUGUCACGCAGAUAUCUCGGCACAUUUCCAUCUCUCAACAUGUCUCGUCUGGCUCUCAGGCGCUCUCGGUCGUGACCCUAGUUCUUUUCGCGGAUCCGAAACCGCUGGUAACUUCUGGGCACCUGUGCUAGCUCCUCAAGAAAGUGACUCGUUCAGUGAAUGGACUUACGCCAAUUUUUACCAGUUUGGCACGAAUUCUAGCGUUUUGGUUGGAGGCCCUUACCUUGUUCCUCUACGUGGAGACUUGGAAAAAGAGUCGAUGUUGACCGUGAUCGCCGAGCUUGGUGCUGUACGACGCGUUUUCUGGAACGGCUUUCCGGUAGAUACUAUGCUACAAGAUUCAUCGACAGGCACAUCAGGCGUCCUGCGAUUCCAAAUUGCUCCUCGUUUCAGGACCAACGACAUCACGGUACCUGAGUUGGCGAAUUGGCGGUACCAGGAUUCCCUACCCGAGGUCAAGGACGGAUUCGACGAUUCGAAAUGGACUGUUGCGAACAGGACGUCGACAAAUAUACCCGGGGCCCGCAAUUUGGCGAUAAGGUGUUAUACGGAUGUGAUUAUGGAUUGUACCUGCGAAGGAGCUGUUGUUUGGCGCGGUCACUUCAAGGGAGAUUCGGGGGUCACUGGGGUUAGGUUGGUUAUCAAUGGUGGCUUUGCGUUUGCUGCCAGUGUUUGGCUGAAUGGAAAGUUCUUGGCGACCACGUACGGAAACUCGAGUAACCACCAUAAUAAUGUGCAUACCCGAAACGGACCAGGUGUACCACUUCCCCGCCGACUCGACAUUCAGGGAGAAGACAAUGUUAUAACCGUAGUGCAGGACAAUAUGGGACUGGAAAUGACGGUUGACUGGACCGCAGACUCUUCCAAAUCUCCUCGUGGCAUUCGUGGAUACGAACUUAUAGGUGGAGCAUUUACUGAGUGGAAGGUUCAAGGCAAGAAAGGAGGUUACACUGGAUUCAAAGAUAAAUUACGGGGGAUUCUGAACGAGGGUGGACUUUAUGGGGAACGCCAAGGGUGGCACCUACCAGACUUUGAUGACUCUGAAUGGGCCAAAGUUGAUCUAAGCAAUGGCCUUCCCAACAGCCAAGCAGGGGUUGGAUGGUUCCGCACAACAUUUUCCUUGGAUAUUCCCCAAGCCUACGACGUUCCAAUCAGUUUUGAAUUCAAAAACGAGCCGGCGCCUUAUCGAGCACUGCUGUUUGUAAACGGUUGGCUUAUGGGCCGAUACAUUGCAAACCUCGGACCGCAGUUCAAGUUCCCCGUUCCAGAAGGAAUUCUCAACCACCAUGGUGAAAACACUGUUGCUCUGGCUAUUUGGUCUAUGGAAAAUACCCAGUUGUCACCAAAUCUCAAGCUUACUAUUGAGGGUGUUUUCGACAGUGGUUACGAAUUCGAUAGCCCACUGUAA